AUGGUCUCGAGGUUAAUUUUGAGCAGAGUGGGGGCGGAGGGAAGGGGGAAGCUCGGAGGGCUGCUCCUUCCGUGCUUAUCCCGGCUCUUGUCGUCGGCCUCCGGUGCCGACGCAGCUGCUGCUGCCGCCGCCGCCGCCGCCGCUGCUCCUCCGGUGCUUCCUAAGUUCGAUCACCAGCCGAAGCCAUACUCCGGGCUCUCCGCGGACGAGAUACUCCAGAAGCGCAAGACCUUCCUUGGGCCAUCGCUGUUUUACUACUACCAGAAACCGGUAUCCUCUCUUCCCUAUUUGCGUCCGUCUACCUUGUUAGUUCGGUUUUUUAUGCUUCUUUUAUCGUCACGAGUCUAUAACUGAAGUUUGUGAUUGUGCUUGGAUCUGAUGGAUUAAACGGCAUAACGCAUUUUGCGAUGACUUGUAAUGCAUGAUGUUCAACACUAAGAACGAUAAUAAUCACAUCAGCACAGGACGGAGGAUAUCUAAAACGAUUUUCUGCUCUUUAAUUAACUGUGAGCCUAUUAGUUAUGUGCUUCGUCCACUAGCUAUCAAUUUUCUUGACGCAGAACUCUCAAAUUUUUAAAUGCCUUCUAAUUUGCACUUCAAAGAUUUUUGUAAAAGAACUCAAUAAAUGUAGUUUUAAAUGACACUCCGGUACUACUCAAUUGAUCAUGGUUGAAAUAUUUCUUGCAUUCAACAAUUCAUAUUCUCGUCUGUUUUAUUAUACUGGUAUGUUCAGCUACUUUUCUGGUUCUCCGUAGUUCAAAUCCGUAUUUUUUUCUCCAUAGUUUUUUGACUCCUGCUUUCAUUUUUGCACUUUUCUGGUUUGUGCUGAAUGUAAGAGGUAGAAAUGUAGUCAUGAUUUCUUUUUUUUUGUUUGGUGUACUUGAUAUCAGAUCAAUAUUGUAGAAGGGAAGAUGCAGUAUCUCUUUGAUGAGAAUGGAAAGCGCUACCUUGAUGCGUUUGCAGGGAUUGUCACAGUUUCAUGUGGCCAUUGCCAUCCAGAUGUGGUGAAUGCUGUGGUGGAACAAACUAAACUUCUCCAACACACCACAACAAUAUACUUACACCAUGCAAUCGUUGAGUUCGCAGAAGCUCUGGCUUCUAAGAUGCCCGGAAACCUAAAGGUGAUGCUUUGUCUUAUUGAUUGUUUUCUAAUUUAAAGUGAAAAAUUGAGGCUAUACUUGAGGAUGGCUGAAAAAGUGUGCCUGUCGGUUACAUGGUCAUUUUUCAAGGAUACAUUUCUAACAUGAAGCCUUGAAGACCUGGCCUAUGGAUACAGGAGACGAGUAGCUAUUUAAAUGUUCAUAUGUCUCUGAAACGUGUUCUCAAAUUAGGUCUGCCGGCUCCUCCCAGUUCAUUUGCAAUUAGGAAAAAUCCGAAAAAGAUUACAGGAUAAAAUAAUGAAAGGUUGGGGAAUAAAUAUGCGAAUGACGACAUAAUCUUAUUUGUUCGUAUUUUUCUCCCCAAGUUUCUUUAUGUUGUUAGAUACACAGAUUCGAUGCUAGCAUAGUCUUAAGUGUGUUUCUCAGGUUCUCAGAAUUGGUUUGGUCUCAUGACCUUGUGCCCAAUCAAGCCCUGAUAGUACUCUGACUGAUGUUUUGUGACCUUUACAGCUAUGUAUUUUUUUACAAAUUUUGGAUGCUUUAUUUUUCAUGGAUGUGCACACUCUAGAUCCUGGCAGAUGUGGUAAUGUGCGGUAAUAAUUUCCAUGUUUUGGUUGUGUACUCAUUGUACCCUAAAGAUGUUACGGUGCAAAAUUGGCCUGGAUUUUCAUUUUUCUGUUGCUGAAAAUCAAAUUAGCUUGAAUCAUGGGACUAUGGAAUAAAUUUUCUUAUUAACAACAGCAUACAUUAUCUUUGGUAUGUUGUAAAUGUGUAAGAAAAUAAUCCCAAGGGGUCAGUCUCAAAUGCAGUUGAAGUAUAUUUCUGGAGAUCAAUGAGAACUUAGAGUGAAAAACCUAUGGAAACUCUUUCAUUCUAAAGGUGCUAUUAUCUUUUGAUAUAGAAAUAAGUUUAUAACAAACUAAAUUUUUGUAUAUAAUGAAAAAUAUACAGUCCCAUUUUGUCUACGAAUGAAAAACUUGUAGUUCGAAUAUUUUCCUUGGGAAACUUUCACGAUGCCAAUCGCCAAUUGGUUUAAAUUGCGAAAUUUCUUGUAGAGUUCCAUGUAAAAGUCAUCUCAAUUGUGUAAGAUUCUUAUUGUUGAAUGCAGGUGGUGUAUUUUGUCAAUUCUGGGACUGAAGCAAAUGAAUUAGCAAUGCUGAUGGCUCGUCUUUACAGUGGUAAUCUAGGUAUGAUUGCUUUGAGAAAUGCGUACCAUGGUGGAAGUGCUGGGACUAUUGGGUUGACAGCCCUCAAUACUUGGAAAUAUCAGAUCCCUCAGGUUAGCCUUGGACAAUCGCUUGGAGUAACUACAUAACACUGAAAAUUAUAUCAAUGAGGUAUCUUUGCUCAGGCAAACGUGCUACUGAUUUUCAUUUCCCUCUUCCUUUUUUUUCUUUUUCCCAAGCAUCAUUAAUUUAUAUUUUUUUUGCACCACUUUCUUCAUAAUAAGUGAGCAGCCUUCCAAGAUGUUUCACACGUGUGUUUUACGCUCACCUUCGGUUUUCAGAGGUCCUUUCAGUCAAUGGGUUGUUGUUUGUCUUAUGUGGGCGAAUAGGGGCUAAUAUUUUGUGCUCUUGCUGUUGACUACAAGUCAAGUCAAAAACAUUUCUCUAAUGAUGUCAUUAGGAUUCAUAAUAUUUCUCGAGCAUUAUAAAAUUGGGCAGAUGUUUGUAGUUACUAAUGAUGAACAUGCAUUGCAGUUGGUCUCUUGGUAAGCUCGAUUUCAUUAGAAGGGAAAUUCAUAAUGUAAACAUCUUAUCAAAUUUCCCUCGCUUUCUGGGUUUGCUAACUAACAUGGAUCAGAUGUACUUCCAAGUUCAUUGCUAUCAUUUUAUUAAAAACCUGUAUUCUGUUAUGGGCAGUCUUUGGUUUCCUAUGUCAUGUCAAAGUCAAAGUGGGACAUAUCUCAUAGUGGUGGGUUUCCUCUUUCAAAGUCUAAUGGCGUGUGAAUGACUCAUUGUGCAACAGUUAACAGUCUAAGCCAAACUUUGGUAGCCAUUUUAGAGCUAUAUAUUUUCAACACCACGAUUGUUAAAAAUUUGGGUGGGGUAAUCUUGGCUUCAAAAAUAAUUAAUUUUUCUCAUUUUUUGGGUGGAAAUAUCAUGCAACCUUUUUUGAAAACAAGAAAUGUGUUUGGUGUAUUUCCAUGUGUUUAUGUGUGUUCAAAGUGUAAAUAAAUAUAUAAUUAACAAGCUCUUACCACAAUUAUUCAUGCAUUAUAUGUUUUCCGGACUCUUAGAGUGCAAGAAAAACUCUUAUGAACCGGGAUGCAAUGUAUUGCUACUGGUGCUUAGAGAUGAAUGGCCCUACUUUGAAGAUUCCAAGUCAAUAUGUGGACAUCUACUCCCAGAUUCUCAGCUGGAAAAUAAAUGGAAACAUGUUGACAUAAUGAUGAUAAUAAUAAUAAUAAUAAUUCCUUUCUUAUAUUUUAUUUAUUGCCAAAAUGUGUACUAAUUCAAAUAAAUUCAGUUUCCUAUCUGUCUUUGCUGAUUUCUCUUCAAAUUUCUUCAGGGUGAAAUUCACCAUGUUAUAAAUCCCGACCCAUACCGUGGAGUAUUUGGCUCCAAUGCUGAUGCUUACGUAAGAGAACUGAAAGACCAUAUCGACUAUGGCACUCCAGGGAAAGUCGCUGGCUUCAUCGCAGAGACAUUUCAGGUUAGCUAAUGAGUUCUGCCGUGCUCCGCAGUCUCUGCGCCGAAGGAGUCCCACUGAAAGAAAACUUCUUCAAUCAAACCACAGGGUGUUGGAGGAGCGGUAGAGCUGGCACCUGGGUACUUGAAAUCAGUCUAUGACGUCAUCCACCAGGCUGGUGGUGUCUGCAUUGCUGAUGAAGUCCAGAGUGGAUUCGGCCGAACUGGAAGCCAUUACUGGGGCUUUGAGACCCAAGGUGUCAUCCCCGAUAUCGUCACGAUGGCCAAGGUAAAUCUCACAUAGUUCUUAAGCACAUAAUGAUUUAAUCAUAAUUACCGCUGAGAUUGUCAUGACUGCCAAGAUCUAGAUACAUUUCCAUGCUUCUAAGUUCCCCCUACCCCUGGUAAAUCUCAAAUACUUCAUAAACCAUUGCUAAGUUCCAUUGCCAAGUAUUUUGGGAAAUUCAUGCUUGAAAAUUCAUGCCUGGUAGGGAAUUGGGAAUGGUCUUCCCUUGGGAGCAGUUGUGACAACUCCUGAGAUCGCUCAGGUGAUGUCUCAGAAGAUCCAGUUCAACACCUUCGGGGGGAACCCUGUGUGUUCUUCCGGUGGGCUCGCUGUGCUCAGGGUCCUCGACAAGGAGAGGCGACAGUCCCACUGUGCCGAUGUCGGCUCACAUCUGAUUGAGCGACUGAGGACCCUUCAGCAGAGAUACGACCGUAGGCUUUCAACCCAACUCACACUAUGCAUUCAUUUCCUCAAUAGGCAAUUAUUUUAUGCCUAUGAUUCAUUGAUUAUCUCUUACUGAAAAUAUAAAGUUUGAAGAGCACCGACUAACUUAUCUGUAUUAUUAUAGUCAUUGGGGAUGUGAGGGGAAGGGGAUUGAUGCUGGGAAUAGAGCUCGUGACGGACAAGAAGGAGAAGACACCUGCCAAGCUUGAAACAGCCGUGUUGUUUGAGAAACUCAAGGGUAUCAUCUUACCUCCUCGCAUUACCUCCAGUCAGAUAUUCUCGUCAUUUUCUAUUAAUAGCCAUUUUUGUUCUUCACUGAAGAUCUUGGCGUGCUGGUCGGAAAAGGGGGUCUCCAUGGGAAUGUAUUCAGAAUAAAGCCUCCUAUGUGCUUCACAAAGGACGAUGCAGGUCAUCUCUUACCUCCCCAUUCCGAAAAAAAGAUCAAAAAAUAAAUAAAUUUCCGUAAUAAUGUGGGCUUAUACUUCUGGCCUUAGUAUCAUAUAUAGCUGCUGGUUGAUAUGCUGUUGUGUUUCAUUUCAUCUGCAGACUUCCUGGUGGACGCUCUGGAUUAUGCCAUCUGGGGCAUAUGA